AGCACAGUAAGAGAGAGAGAGAGGUAGAGGUAGCAGUAGAGUGUCAUGUUCAGAGUAAUAUUCGGUAGUGGUGUAGCUACGUUAGCAGCAUCAAGUAUGAGAGGAGAUAAGUUUAUAGGGUGAGGUAGGCUGGUUGGCAGCCGCUGUCGCAGUCUCGAAGAGACAACGCAAACCGUUGAACGUCGAGAAGUGGUGGGACAAUCUGUGUUACAGGGGAAAUAACUGGUGGACACACAGGUUUUCUGGAUACAGAGCGACAGCGGCGACGGCGGCGACAGCAGCGGUAGGAGCAGCGCGAGUGUGUGCUUUGGCGGCGGUCCCGCUGCUAGCGAAACAUGAACAAAAACCACCGAGUGCCGAGCAGCCGUUCUCUGAGCGCCGUGGAGGUCAAGAGCAAGUUUGGUGCAGAGUUUCGUCGGUUCUCGCUGGAUCGGUCGAAGCCGGGUCGUUUUGAUGAGUUCUACGGCCUCUUGCAGCACGUUCACCGCAUCCCCAAUGUUGAGUUGUUGGUGGGCUACGCUGACGUGCAUGGUGACCUGCUGCCCAUCAACAAUGAUGACAACUACCACAAAGCCAUCUCCACAGCCAGCCCUCUGCUCAGGCUCUUCCUGCAGAGGAAAGAGGAAGCUGAUUACACAACAUUUGUUACCGACUCACUGACCAGGAAGAAGAACACAGUGCUUUCGGCUGUUCUUCUGCGGCCCGACACCAACAGGAAAAAACCACCUGUGAUCAUCAGCCUCCCGAGGGACUUCCGCCCUGUCUCCUCUAUCAUAGAUGUUGACAUCCUGCCUGAGACGCACCGACGUGUUCGCCUGUACAAGCACGGCCAGGAAAAACCUUUGGGCUUUUACAUCCGCGACGGCUCCAGCGUCCGGGUCACUCCGCAGGGCCUGGAGAAAGUCCCAGGGAUAUUCAUUUCUCGCAUGGUGCCCGGUGGGCUGGCGGAGAGCACCGGCCUGCUGGCAGUCAAUGAUGAGGUGCUGGAGGUGAAUGGUAUCGAGGUGGCUGGAAAGUCUCUUGACCAGGUGACGGACAUGAUGAUCGCCAACAGCCACAACCUCAUCAUCACCGUCAAGCCUGCCAACCAGCGGAACAAUGUUGUUCGCAGCGGAGGAGGAGGCGCUGCUUCAGGUAGCUCAGGACGCUCGUCAGACAGUGGUGCCAGCUACUAUGGCUAUUCUUCACACAGUGGGGUUGGCGCCGCGGCCUCCAUGCCAUCGCACAUCAUCCAGAACUUCCCCGUUGGAGAGCUGGAGAGCGACGAGGACGACGAGGACCUGGUGAUCGAGGCAGGAGGUGAGGCCGAGCCCAUCAGGCGCGCCUCCUCCAACUAUAGCGUGCCCUCACUGCCUCGCUAUGAACCACACCUCAACCUCCGUCCCACCUCCACCUCUGCCCUCUCCAUCAACGCCAACGGAGCCCUGCCAGCAAGCAGCAGCAGCGGAUCACUAAGCAUCGCCACCUCGACCGUGCCGUCUCCAGAAAGAGCAAUGGAGAGGCGGAGUCUGGAGGAGGAUGGCACCGUUAUAACUCUGUAGGCUGGGCAUUCGCACACCAAACACUGGAAAUCAGAGAGACACAAACACUCAAAUACUACUACACACAAUUGUGGGAAUCAUGGAUUGGAAAAUCAAACAUCCUGUACCAGAGAAGCACAAUGAAAUGUGUACAUAUAGAAUCUGAACAUGACACCGACACCUAAAUGUUUGUACAUCCCAUCAUUAACUCAUCAAAUACUGUACCCCAUGCUUGGCUCUCUUACAUGCCAGUGACCACACCUGUGCCAUAGUGGUGACACCCUCCUUGAUUCUGCAGGUACAAACAUGUCAGAGAAAGAAAGACGAGUAGAGGUAAUACGAUUCGGUUCAGAAGCUCUUAUUUUUACCCUUAAAAAACUGUAGUUGCUGAAUUUCCUCUAGAGGGCAGAGAUGAGAUGCCCCUUCCACCCCAUUUCUUUUCAUCAGUCCCACAAACAGAUGAAGGUACAAGUUCAUUCCACCACAACAAACACACAAAGAAGAAGAAUUUUAGCUCAAGCAUUUGUUGACAAUCUGUCUUUUUUGCCUUGUCAUUCCUAAAUGUGCACCACACUACAACCACCUUCCUUCACCCAGGUGACCACAGCAUGCGAUCGGUACACAGUUGCGGUACUUUCCACACAAUACAGUGCCACAACAAUCAACCAAGUGCUCAGAUCAGCAAUAGCACUGUAGUUUUUAUUUGGGAGAAACCACCUAAAAAAAAAUACAAGUCUGGGUUCUUGGUGUUGGCUCAGAUGCUUCUAACCACUGUUGUAAGCUGUUUUACCUGCUGUGUUAAUAAUGAAAGAUUAAUGAUUUUGCCAAUAUUUGGGAGCAACUUGUCUUUUGAAUAUCCCUCUACCAUUACUUUUUUUAAACAAUAUAUUAGAAGUGGCUGUAUGAUAUAUUUCUGUCAACAGAAAGUGUAAGUCACUUCAGAAAAUUGUGGGACAUCUUAGAAUUUCUUCAUAUUGCACUCCUUUCCUUUCCACAACAAGGGCUCUUUCCCCUGCUGCAUGUGUACAAAUGACAAAAUGUGAAUGUGAUUUAAUGUUUGUUUUUUUUUUUUGUUUGUUUUGUUUUUUUCCCCUCUAUAUUCAUUCUGGACCAUGACUCCACAGUUUAUUACUGUACGGUUUAUUCAUCUCUGUUGUUUUCUAGCCAGUCCCUGAGUACACUUGGAUGUGUCCUGAGAUAUUCACGUAUGAAAAGUGCUCUCUGUCCAUUCUCUUUCGCAUCUUCAUUCUCGAUGACUCUCAACUGAUGUCACACUGUUAGAAAAUGUUCAGACGACAGCUGUUGACUGUGGGCCUAAAUUGUGGAUCAAAAGCUGGAGUGUGACAUUGUUAUCAAAUCCAACAACAGAUGUGAGAUGGAAUGAGUGAAACAGUGACAAUAGUGAAUCCGCCUGUAUCUUAAAAUAAGCCCUGGUCAGACUGAGUCAUAUUUAAACAAACACACAUGCAGGUACACUGGGCACAAAUGCUUUCUGUGUUUGAAAAAGGUGAGGUCUGUCUUUUGGUAUUCCCACUGAAAUUGCUGCUUUCUUUGAAAUGUCCGUAACAAGGCUGUAAUGAACUUCCCUCUCAGGAAAAACUUGAUUGACAGAUUAGAUCAAAAUGUAAAAAUUCUUCAGAAGUCAUUAGUUUUAAUUUUCCCUUCAAAGUUGCACUUGGAAACGGUUUUUAAAUACCCUGUUUUAAAACUCCGUGGCCUCUGAGGCAAAUUUGUAAUUUUAGGCUGUGUAAAUACAAUAGUGAUGUUGUAUUCAGUGACUGAUUUUCAUAGUGCAGCUUUCAUUUAUAUCUGUGGGAUUUUUGCACUUAAUUAAAAUGAAUUUUCUUGUUAAAUCACUCAAAAAAAAUUGAGUUCCUGAUCAAAUCCCAGGAAAGGUUUUUCCACAGAAAGAAGUUCCUGUUCUUCAAGUGGAUCCAUAACAUUUAUUGGAAGUAUAUAUCCAUUAACAUUACGUGCUGUUGUUAUCUGCCUCCCUGAAGUGAGAGCAGAUGCUCUGUUAAUUUCCCUUAUUGAUUUACAGCAUUCGGUCUCCUGUUAAAAGUGGUAACGUCGUCUUUUGCAUGGAUUUUUAUCUUACUCACAAAAACAUGGUUGACACACACGCGCACUUGUAUCAAAACACUACAUUCGUACAGAUCACUGCAAUAUUUAUCAUUGUUCAUUGUUUGAUUAUCUGGUGAGCCUAUCAGACAGUAACGACUGGAAACCAACACACAGGUCAUGUAUGUGUGUCCACUGUUGUAUUUCAGGCUAUUUGCAUAAGGUACUGUCUUUUUUCGGCCUGUUAUGCUACAGAGUGCUGGUGCGAUUCUGUCUUCUUUCAUUCCGGACAUUAGACGGUGAUGGAUGGUACUCUGAAUGGAAGACUUUUAGAAAUCAGUGAUAAUUUAUUUUCUUUAUUUCUAACUUUACCACAGGACACUGGGAUUGUAACCACAGCUACAUUGUUAUUUAUUCUCUAAUCAUGCAUCUGCAUAUUUUCUUUCUUUGUACACAUUUUACGACUUUAUUUUUAUAACUGAUGUGUUUGUGUUGAUUCAUGGUUGAUGUUUUGGCUAUAAAUCUCAUGGUAUAUCUUGUUGCCCAAUAGGAGAUGAUUUUAGUGGGUGAUUUUACUGAUCUGGCUACAGCAACAGGAGAACACAUGUGCAAGAUGUGACACAGUUUUUUUUUUUUUCUCCAUACUGUGAAUUAUCAAUAUUAUUUUGUGCGAGAGAAACAGUUGUAUUAGCACAACCUCAAAACAGGCUACAUGUUUUGUUUUGUGUCCUUUAUUUUUUCUUUUUUUAAAGUGAUCGAGCAAUGAUUUUUGCUUGCCAGAUAAAUCUUAUGGUAUAGAUUUGUAAUGAAGAUUGUCAGUAUUUUCAUAUCAAUGCUAUAUAUGAUGUACAUUUCUAUCACAUGUAAUGAAAAUGUUUUAAAUGUCAGCUGGAUAUGUUUUGAAUAAAUUGAUGUACACCUGUAAUUGCUGAUUGAAGGAGCUGGAUAAAAUAAACUAAUAUGUAGCAAUCUUA